GCAGUGAUUCUUUCCUUGUGUGCCUGCUAGAUAUCAAAAAGAUGCAGAAAAACUACACUUCAAGAAGUGGAUGAAGAGUUAAAUGCUAGCAAGAGUGCAAAGUGCGUGCUUGUCCGGGUAGAAAACAGCUUUAACAAAGGAUCAAGCAGGAAGAUAAGAAGAUACAAGACAAGAGAGAAGACAUAGGCUAAAAGGAAGCAAGGAAACAAACUGAAGAGAAACAAGACCGGAGAGUGAAAAAGAACAAAGACGAACAAAGAAAACUGUUGAGGAACAAAGGUCAGAGAAGGCAAAAUUGGCAACAGAACAGAGAGAGAAGAGUAAAGAAACACCACCAUGUCCCACCGGCUGUUUGAGGGGAAGGCUCAUGCCUCCAUCUACCAAAAGUAUCGAUUUACUCCUCCAGAUGAGGUCAAGAACUAUAUUCUUCAGUAUCUAAACAAAAGGAAGGAAGAGCCACAUGUGCUGGCAGUGGAUCUGGGAUGUGGGACAGGUCAGAAUUCCCGGCUAAUGGCACCGUACUUCCAGGAAGUGGUGGGCAUUGACAUUAGCGAGUGUCAACUGGAGGAGGCCAGAGCUGUGCCAGGGUUUCCUAACGUCACAUACAGGAAGGGGGUAGCAGAGGUCCUUCCUUUUCCAGAUGGCUCAGUAGACUUGCUGACAGCAGCGUCAGCAGCCCACUGGUUUGAUCAGUCGAGGUUCCUAGUUGAGGCAAGUCGGGUUUUAAAACCCCGGGGUUGCAUGGCUCUGCUGGGCUUCUGUGACUCUAACACCAGACUUCACUACCAGAACUGUGGAGAAAGACUCACUCACAUCUAUGAAGAGGUGAAGCUGGCGCUGUUGCCACACACUAGCAAUCAAGUAGCUGUAUCUGAGGGUAAGCUGGAAGAGAUCUACUCAGCCAUCCCUUUUCCAGACAAAGAGAGGUAUUACCACACAAACCCUUCCUGUACCUAAUCAAACAUUAAACACACCUCUGUGAUAUCUAAAUACAAUACAGUUGCCUGCUGGCCCUUUAAAGACAGAUACAGGAUUAAACCUGAGUUAGCUAUGUUGGAGAAACUAACAAGAGUCAAAUUAAAGUCCAGAGCCACUCCCGCAAAACACAUUUUCAAGCACAGUGGGUGCACGGGCAGGGCAUGGAGAAGGAUAGUGUAAGUAGAAUUUUGCGCCCCUUUUUGUCAAAGACAGGAUUAGUGCAAAGCUGAAAUCAUAAUCUAACCUUUUUUUGUGUGUGUGUUUGUUUCAGAUUUAUGUAAAAAAGAACAUCCGACAAGAAAAUUGAAUCAAGUAGACAAAUCAAAGUGAUUAGAAUAACACAAUAAAAAAAUGUAUUACAGCCCAAGA